UAAAAGGUAGAGACUGGAAAAGGAGGAGGAGGGUGCAAGAGGCAGAGAGUGAGAGAGGGACUCACUGCUACUCUGUCUUUGCUGUUAGAAGGACUCUGUUGAAUGUGCACACAUCUUUUCUUCUUUUCAUUGGCUCGCUCCGGUCAUCAGACCCUUUUGUCGGGUACUUUAUCUCUCCGUCUGCACCACCAACUUGAGAGCUCACAAGAGACAGGAGAACUCUUCUAAAGUGGAGUCCACCUAUCCUUCAGUACAUCAGAGGCCCCCGCGUCGCCCAUACCUUCUCCACAUCCUAAGAGUCUUCGAAGGACACAGAUUUGAGCUUUGUGGGGGAUUCCAGGUGUCGAAAAAGCCGUUACCUUCAGCCAGCCGCCUGCUGUGGACCCUGGGUGAUCCGUCGCCAUGGCUACAAACAGGGAACAGCAGGUGGGUCACAUGACCGGCUUCCCACCUGCUGUGUACCCCUUUCCCUUCAAUUCCAUGAGAAGCCACUCCCCCUUCGACCUGCUGGCCAACAGCAGCCUGUUUGGGAGAUUUGGGGCCGACCUGCCCAAAGAGAUGGCUGCUCUCUCGGUGGAGACCCAGAGCAGCAGUUCAGAGGAGAUGGUACCCAGUUCUCCGUCUCCACCUCCCCCACCUCGUGUCUACAAGCCCUGCUUUGUGUGCCAAGACAAGUCCUCAGGGUACCACUACGGGGUCAGCUCAUGUGAAGGCUGCAAGGGUUUCUUCCGUCGCAGUAUUCAGAAGAACAUGGUGUACACCUGCCACCGAGAUAAAAACUGUCAGAUUAACAAGGUCACACGCAACCGGUGCCAGUACUGCAGGCUGCAGAAGUGCUUCGAGGUUGGCAUGUCCAAGGAAGCGGUGCGCAAUGACAGAAACAAGAAGAAGAAGGAUGUGAAGGAGGAGGUUGUGCUUCCAGAGAGCUAUGAACUAAGUGGAGAGCUAGAGGAGCUAGUCAACAAAGUCAGCAAGGCUCACCAAGAAACCUUCCCGUCACUUUGCCAGCUGGGCAAAUACACCACCAACUCCAGCUCAGACCAUCGGGUCCAGCUUGAUCUAGGGCUAUGGGACAAGUUUAGCGAGCUCUCCACCAAAUGCAUCAUCAAGAUAGUAGAAUUUGCCAAGCGGUUGCCAGGUUUCACCAGCCUCACCAUCGCAGACCAAAUCACUCUGCUUAAGUCCGCCUGUCUGGACAUAUUGAUGCUGAGAAUCUGCACACGCUACACCCCGGAACAGGACACUAUGACGUUCUCCGAUGGCCUGACUCUGAACCGGACUCAGAUGCACAAUGCGGGCUUCGGACCACUUACAGACCUGGUUUUUGCCUUUGCAGGCCAACUUCUACCCCUGGAGAUGGAUGACACAGAAACCGGCCUCCUCAGCGCCAUCUGCCUCAUCUGUGGAGACCGCAUGGAUUUAGAAGAGCCCCAGAAAGUGGAUAAACUACAGGAGCCUCUACUUGAGGCUCUGAAGAUCUAUGCCCGUCGCCGCCGCCCCAACAAGCCCCACAUGUUCCCACGCAUGCUGAUGAAGAUUACUGACCUCAGGGGCAUCAGUACGAAGGGUGCAGAAAGAGCUAUCACUCUGAAGAUGGAGAUCCCAGGGCCAAUGCCUCCAUUGAUCAGGGAAAUGCUCGAGAACCCGGAGGCCUUUGACGACCAAACAGAGUGCAACGAGAGCCCACCGCCUCCACCACCAGCACAACCUGCGGCUGCACCUCCAGCCCUGGUCCUAAAGCAGGAGGCUGAGGAUGAGGAUGACAGCUGGGCCAAUGAAAACGGCAGUGAGCCGUCACCAGAAGAGGAGGACGAAGACGACGACGACGAGGCGGGAGAUGAAGAGCGAGACAGGGGCUCGGACAGUGACGGGGAACCCUGGGGGUUUUAGAUAACAUAGAUGGGUCUAGGAAAGGCCUUGCUGGGAGGGUGCAGUGAAAAGAGCAUUUCAUACAUAGACACACAGGUUCAUCACACGCGUGCACGCACACACACACACACACACACACACACACACACACACACAAAAUUAAACAUACACAUAUACAGCACAACCUCAUUCACUCACCUGCCUCAAGAAAAUGCUGGCCUUCCCUUCUCCCCUUCUCUCUCCUUACUGCACAUCAUUGUGUCCUC